AUGUCGUACCCGGGCCGCCAUACCUCAGAUCGAGGCGAAUCGGCAGGCGGUCCGACGGACGCCCACAGCAGCAGCUGGACCAAUGGCGCGGGAUCCGCACUGCUGCCACGUGUACGGACACGUGGCAGUCCAGCGUCGGCUGCAGCACCAGGCAAAUCCUUAUCCGCGAACGACCACGUGCCUGCACUCCCAUCGUCCCCCGGAGCGGAUCCCCCUUAUAAGAGCACCGACAUCGCAUAUAAGAACGCAGAUUCAAAUGCUACUCCGUCUGAUCUCCCCCUUAGAAAUAGCGCUGACCUUCCCACUCGCGCUCACACCAUGAACGACGUUCUUACCUCCUCCGCUUCUGCUCUCCCCUCCUCCACACCAUCCUCCUCUGCUCUCGCAUCGUCCGCGAAUCACGUUCAUGCCGUCCAAUCCGCGCCGGACAGCCUCCCCGUGGAAUCCGGAAAAUCCGGGAAGCCACGUAGGCCUGUUCCUGGCCAAAUGACGCCUCUCGCUGCGCUCCUCGGAUCGCCGCAAACCGCGGGGAUCGCGCUCUCGGGUCCCGACGCGUCGCCUCCCCCCAUGCUGCUCCCCUCCCCGCCUGUUUCUCCCGUCGGGAACAGCUGCGCGGGGGAGGGGGAAGCAUCCGCGUUUCUCCCCGCCGACUCCGCGGCCUCUGCGGGGGCGGGAAGAAGGGCUCCCCGCCGCGCGGGGUCGUGGCGGGCUUCCGAGAGCGCGGGGCGGGCGGAAGGGGCGGGUGGAGGCGGAUUGGACUCCCCCCACGGGGUGGCGGAAGGGGAAGCGGGGGAAGCGGGGGGGGCGGGGGAGGGGGGGUGUUUCUACGAGUCGGUGCGCGUGCCCCGUGACGUGGUGCGCGUGUGGCAGGACUGCUGGCGUGGCGCGUGGCAGGCUGACGUGGAGAUCCGAUCCGCCGUGGAUGGCGGGCUGGUGCUGGCGCAGGGCGCCGUGCUGGCGGCCCACUCCCAGGGCCUCGAGCGCAUGCUGGCCGGCGCCAUGCUGCAGCAGGCGCGGCCCCCGUGGGUGAUAGUGCUGAAAGGAGUGCCCGUGGAGGCGAUCAGGGGCGUCAUGCAAGCGCUCUACUGCGGCACCAUGGACGAUGGGGUGAUGGAUCGGCACAUCUUCCACCUGCUCCUCCUCGCACACUCCCUCCCCAUCCCCCUCCUCAAAUCCCUCUGUCUAGAGGCGCUGCGUUCCCGCCUCCUCUCCCCUGCCAACGCCGUCGACACGCUUGUCCUCGCGCGAUUGGUCGGCUCACGCGCGCUGCAGGCGCUGACUCAGCAGUACAUCGUGCGGCACCACGCUGACGUGGCGCUGACGGACGCGUGGGCGAUGCUGAGUCAGGAGUACCCGGACGUGAAGGGGAUGCUCGUUCAAAUGGUGGAAGCGAGGAAGAAAGUGAGUGGAUUGAACAAGAGGGUGGGGAAGCAACCAGACCAAACGGGUAUAACAGGUCAAUCGGGACCGCACACUCUCUCCCCUACUACCACCCUCGCGCCUACCCUCUCCUCCCUCUCCACCUCCUCCCACUACCUCGGCGGCAGCGGCACUCUCUCCACCCUCUCCUCCUCCUCCUCCAUUCCCUCAGUCCGUCCCAUGUCCCCCCCCACACCCGCCACCCCUGCCGCCCCUCCCACCCCCUGCGGCCUGCCCAAGUGCCGCCCGGUAGAGGGGCUGGUUCGGCACUUUGCUAAGUGCGGUGUGAAGGUGUCGGGAGGGUGUGAGAGCUGCAAGGUGGUGUGGCAGCUGUUGGAGCAGCACUCGAGCGCAUGUGAGAAGCAGAGGGGAUGCCGCGUCCCCCUGUGCAGGCAGUUCAAGAGCAAGCAGCAGGAGCAGGGCAGUGGGGGGCCUGCAGGCAAGGAGAAUUUGAACGCAGCAGAGCAGGCGGAGCAGGUGACAGCACUAGCCAAGGCCCUCUUGGCUCUGGAGAAUGCCAAGUCGUUUUAG